CGCUUCGUUGUUGUGGUCGACUUCCUGCGUUGCAGCGUGAAAUCAAUAAACCGCCGCCGUGAAGACCGAGGCAAGCAGGAAGGAACCGGAGAAACAGACAGUAAAGAAGCAGUAGCAGUAGGUGUCCUGCUGGAUGACGCCUCCAAGAAGCCCACAUAAAAGGGAGGAGGACUUUAUGGAUUUCUCAACGUCAUAGCACCAUCAGAAGAAGAGAAAGCAGCAGUCAGAGGCUGAUAGACAUUUCCAGCCUCUGUUGAACUGAAAGUCCAGGGGGCAGAGCAAACAUGGUGCACGUCUACAACUGCCAUCCUUUCGCCUCGCAGCAGAUCGUGCAGGUGGAGCAGGAGCCCGGACUAGUCUGUUGUGGAGGUGGAACCCUGUUCGUGGUGGCUGCUGGGGGAUGCAAGGUGGAAGCGUACAGUCUGGAGGAGGAGGGCUGCCCUCUCAUCUGUCGCUUUGCCACCAUGGGCUCUGUGAGGAGGAUCCAGCACAGCAAGAUGGGAGACUACCUGGUGACCAUUGAGGAAAAGAACAGCGCCACCUACCUGAGAGCCUACACCAACUGGCGAUACCAGGCCGAAGAGAGAGCCCGUGUCGGGGUGCGUUUGCUGGGCCACCUGCUGCGCGGGGCAUCUGUGCGGGGCGGAGUACAGAUGGAGAUCAUUGAGAUCCCUCUGUCGGAGCGUCCCGUUGCCGUGGCGUGUUGCCCGAUCACAGGAGACCUCCUGGUCGGCUGCGAGAACACUCUGGUUCUGUUUACUUUGAGGAGGCAGAACCAGCAGAACCUGCAGAAUCAGAGUCAGCAGAACCUUCAGAGCCCCUGGCUGAACACUCAGCAGAGCCCCAGUCAGAGUCAAGGUCAGACCCCAAGUUCAAACCAGAAUUUUUCCAUCCUGGACUUUGAACGCUCGGUCAUCGUGCAUCUUCCAAAAAUCAAACCUAAACAGGUGGCGCUGUGUGGAGGGUAUGUAGCAGUGCAGGCAGAGCUGGAGGUGCUGGUACUGAAACUGGAUGCAUCUUGUGAACAGAAAACCCUGGACGAAUCAUUGGACCAAAAAACGGAUCAUCACGAAGACCUGACCGACUUUAUGCUCAUUCCGAGGCACCAGGAGUUGCUCGGCGAUCGAGCCAAAGACUGCGACAUCCCUGUCAGCAUUGAAAAGACCGGGCUGGAGGACAAAGGGCAAUACACACUGUCAUAUGUCCUUUUCAGGCGUUUUACUCCAGAGUUCUUCCAAGGCUGCGGUGUGGAGGAGAUGCAACUCCACUCCCUGCAGCUCUACCCGCUUUUCACCGGUAACCAGUCGGUGCCCGCGGAAGAACCGGUGUGUGUGUUCUGCUUCGUCUCUCUCCCCAGCGCCGGCUACCUGUACAGUCUGAAGGGUGGAGUCGAGCUGCUCUCAGCCUAUCAAUAUCCAGAGAAGGUCCUGGAGGCGGUGCUAACAGACCACCUGUUGCACGUGAUAACAAAGAGUGCGCUGCAGUGUUUCACCGUGCGAUGUGCAGCUCUAGCAGCCAGGAUUGAAGACCCCUACAUCGAUACCACCAUGAAGUAUAAACCUGUUUUACUGUGUGUGUGUGUGUGUAUAUGUGUGUGUGUUGUGUAUUUUAGCAAGUUGAAAGAACACACCAUGCUGACUGGUAUUUUCCUGGCGGUGGGAAUCGAUCCCGCAACCACGCCGGCUCUGGAGAGCCUUCUGUCACGCCCCUUCCUGAGCAGGAAGUGGACAAUCUCUUCUCCCAAAGAAACCAGCGCAGCAGGACACGGAUGGAACCUGUAUGUGGUCGACACCGUCUCCCCCCUCACUCUCUACCAAGAGAUGGUUGAAUACAGCCAGCACUACGCGGAGACCAACCCACAGGCCCGAAGCCUUCAGCACCUGCUCAGCGAAGCUCACCUCCUCCUCCGCGCCUCCUUACUCCAAACAUCAGAGCAGCAGCAGCAGAACAGCGAGGGCGACUCCACCGUGUCUCUGCAGAAAGACACAGACAGGCAGCCUGAGAGACAGACAGCUGCACAGACGGACAGACAAGAACUGGAGGAGGCACUCAGGCAGAACUGUGCACAGCUGGGAGACUGUUACAGCAGGGGUAGCCAGAAGGACUGCCACCUGGCUUUACCGUACUACAGGAUGUCUGGUCUGUCGUGCACAGAGGUCAUUGCCAGGAACCGCCCACUCCCCAGCAGCCCUUGCUCCUAUGGCCCCGGCUUCCUGUUUUACCUGACACAUUACCUGUUAGAAGAAACAGAGCAGAGCCUCAGCCAGGAAUCAGCCGAUGAGGUCAUAGACAUUUUUAGCCAAUCAGAUCCCUCGGAGCUCAUCGGCGUGUGCGCCAGCCCGUCCAUGAUAAACAUCAGUCCCGCGCGGACGCUGCGAAUUUUACAAAAUCUGGAGGACACGGCGGGCGUGUCGGUUCCGCUGACAAUCACCAUGGCAACCAUGAUGCUGCGUUUGGACGACCUGCCACAGUACACACAGCUAAUGGCCAGACACGCUGAGAUGCUGCUGGUGUACGGUUUCAUCGAGGAGCCGAGGCUGCUGCUUCACGGCGGAGGUGGAGGUCGGCACAUACAAAUCCGUCCCACAGCGCUGGCGCGCCAGCUGGCAAAGUCCCAUCCAGCUCUACUGGUGGCUGGCAUGGUGGCUCUUCAUGAGAACCACAAAGUUCAGCUGGAACAGGCUGAUCACAUAUUCAAGGAGCUGGGCUACGAGAACUGCUUACAGGUGGACUUCUGGGAGGCGACGCUCAUGGCCUCUUCGCAGGAAGCUGUCAUCCAGGAGCUUCUGUUCCGACUGGCUUCUGUCUACAUCGAUCGACUGACAUACACAAACUCGGAUACACACUCCGGCCCUCCGCACGCGUCUCAUAGACACGGGUCGCUGAAGAGCGCUGACGAUCUGAUCAACUCGUACUCCCACUUCGGUGCUCUGUACCCGUGGCUCACCGUUCUCAGCCCCCCUCGCCCUACCAGCCUCCAGCACCAGGAGGCGUUACACAAACUGCAGUCUCUCCUGUGCGGCCCGUCCUUGUCCGUUGGUUCUGUCCUGCCGCUGCUGGAGCGUCUGUCCGAGGAAACCUUGUGGGGCUUUAGCCUGCACCUCCUCAGCGCCACCAGAAGGGGGCAGUACGAGCGCAGCAUUGAGAAGUUGCUGGACAGAUGUCCCCAGGCCAUCAUAGCCUACGCCAAUCACCAGCUACAAGACAAAAACAUGGCAUUAUGGUGGCAGAAGCUGCUCCCGGAGCUUUGUAACCGGACGAGAGCUGCCGCGGACAACGGCAUCCUAUUGGCUGCUCUCAAAGAGACGCUGGUGGUGGUGGCCAUGGAGACGAGCCCCGCGGAGUUCCUGGAGCUCAUGCCCGACGACGGCACGGCCGCGUACUUCCUGCCUCACCUGUUGACGUGCAGCCAGAGACACCUGCUGGCCUGAGACGACACGAACGCGCACGCAAGCGCAGAGACAAAUGUGUCAACGCCUCCUGUAUUGACGCGUUUGCCUUUGUCUAGACGUCGGAGGCUAAAAGUUGGAGGUUCGGCGUUUUGCUCACAGGACUCUUGACAGACGUUACUGAGGAUGAUUCAACCAGGCAUUUGGUCGUUUAACCUCAGACAUCAUCAUCAUCAAUCAUGUAAUCAUUAGUAUAACUUCCAGGGGAAGGCCCUGUUUCAUAUAUAUAUUUUAAUAAUGGAAAUACUUUCUAUUUCCGUUUCAUUUCAACAAUAUAGAAAUCCAGAAUUUGAGAAUUCAGGGAUAGACUGAUGAAUUUUUUCAUUUAGUUUUUGUGAGAGUCUGCUGCACCUGUUGCAUUAUGACCCAUAUAAGUCUCACAGUGUUCUUUUGUUGGGAUUUUCUUGCUGAACCAAUGCAUAUACUGUAUUUGCAAUCUAGCCAAUAAAACAACACAGCAGUGCAGUUACAGAGUUACAUUUUUAUUCAGAAAAAAACUUUCAUGAUGUCCUUGCGACGUGUUAAGUCACAUCUUCUUUAUGUUCCUGGGAGCUGCGGCCUGAAUGUCUAGUAUGCUUCUGUUUUCCUAGAUUUUUCAGUUUGUUCUUUGUGCAUGGACAUUGUAACUUUUGUUUGUCCGUUGUUAUUGUAACGUGUGUCUUGAACUUUAAGCCUAGAGCUUUACAUUUAGAGUUCAUAGUCCUGAAGUCCCAAGACCAGGAAGUGAGCUUUGAGCGCUUCGGAUCUCUGGGGUGG